ACCACCUCUAGACGCCAUCUCUUUCUUUCGCCUUCUUUACCACCGUUCGUCUACAAUUCCGCCGCUCACCCGACCCGUUCUUCUUCUUGUCCAGGUCAGUUCCUUCUCUCGCCGCCAUGAUUGUUUCAGAUUCCGGUUCGGCUACCCCAUCGUCCAAUUCUCGCCACGCCGAUCAAUCGGCCUCUGGCCGUAACCCCGGCCACAAUCCAUCACCCCGGCCGUCGCCGUCGGGCGCGCCUGGCCACAAACGGCGCCGAUUGAGGAAGCAAUACCCUUCCUCAACUCCGGUAGAUGAGGGCUCAAGGGUGGAAUUGGACGAAAACAUUAUGGCGUUGUGCCAUUGUCAAAUUACUGACCGAGGGUUCGCCGAUGCCACUGACAUGGUUGGACCCUCCAUCGAGGUCAUGAGACCUACCAGCACUCAAAUUGCUCUAGACGCACCGUCGGGGUUCUUCACGGUCCAUCUGGCGUCUUUGAAGAAGGGGCUGCGCUUCCCACUCCACCCGUUGUUGGUCGAAUUCCUCAACGUGGUGGACCUUCUUCCGUGCCAACUGGUCCCCAACUCUCACCGGUACAUCGCCGGUUAUCUGGUCCAGUGCAAAGAUGUGGGGGUGAAGCCGACCUUGGACCAUUUCGUAUUCACCUUCAAGCUGACCAAGGGCCAUAAAGAUUGGGCAUCCUAUGCCAGUCUUUCCCAGAGGUCCAGGCGCCCUUCCUUCCGCCGCAUCCCAUGCCCCCCACCUGAUGCCACCCUUUUGUCCAUCACUCGCCAACUCUGCAAUAAGGGAGUUAUGAACAUCAAGGAGGUGGUGACAGAGGAAACCCUUGCCGGGUUGGGGUUUGAGUUUGUUCAGGAUGAGCUUCGCCACCAACCCGACCUACUAAGGGACAUCCCCGGGGGGCAUCAGCCCGCCCGGCUGAAGGACGUCCCUGAGGAAGGUCUUGACUGUGGUCCUUUUGUGGAAUUACAAGAUUCAGGAGAAGAGAUGGACAGUGAUCUCCUGCUCAGUCGCUUCACUGCAGGGAGAAAGAGGAAGAGAGAGACGAAGGGCCAGGGCAAACGCUCUUCGUCCCACCACGAGGGGAGUCCUUCCCGAGAACCGGCUGUAAUUGUGGUGGAGGACCAUGAUGAUGCUACCCUGGGGACGGGUACCAUGGCGGGCCAUUCCCCUCCUCACUCUGUGAGGCCGGGUGGCGACCUCACCAGGUCGUCACAAGUCGUUGCCUCGGAGCGACCUCCCUCGCCUCCCGCGGUGACCUACGAGGUGGCGACCGGUGGUCGCUCGACGAGACUUUGCAUUCCUACUCCGCCCCAAAGCCUAGGGGACGUACAACUGGAGACUCUGAUCACUCUACCUGCAGAAGACCAGGCUCGUAUCUCAGCAGGCUCCGAGGACGACCUUGACAACAUGGUCCUUUUGAGGCUCAGUCAGGCUACGCUGGGGAUGAUUGAGGUGGUCGGCCGGAAACGGGGUCGCCAGGCCGCCGCGGACGAGGCGAUGAAAGCAGCCGAGGCCAAGCAGAAAGAGCUGCAGGAAGAGGUCUCUCAACUCACAAGGGAGUUGGAGGAAAAAGAAAAUCGCUGCGCGGCGCUUGCUGUGGAGAAAGCUUUCCAGGAGAACCGCUGCGUCGCCUUUGAGGCAGACAAGGCAUCCUUGUCCUUGGAGGUAGAAUCUGUUUCUGCUCGCGUGGUCGAGCUGGAGGGGGAGAAAUCUGAUCUGAUCCAGCAGUUGGGAGUGGAGAGGAGCGACCGGGUCCGGCAUGCAGAGGAAGCGGUAGAAUCCUUCAAGUCCUCUCCCGACUUCACGAUGGUCGCGUUGGAGCGGAUGGAAGAGCUAACAGCCGCUUGGCUCGAAACUGAACCUAGGGCUCAAUGGAUGGUCAAGGAGGGAACCAAAUCCUUCAAUUGUGGACUCUUCCGCGCCCAACAAGUCUUUCGCGACAGACUGGCCCAGCUCCCCAAAGGAUUCUCUCUCCCCGACCUUGGCUUCCCUCCUCCCUGCCGCUCCUUGGCCGAGUUCGACCCCAGUCCUUAUCUGGACGGGGGGAGCUCGAGUGCGUCGGAAGAAGAGGAAAAAGAAGAAGUGGAAGGUGGUCAGAGCGACCAGAAUCCAGGGGCCAGCUUAGCCAUGUCCAAAGCGGGUGGACCUUCCAGCUCGGCCGUCUAAAUCCCCCAUUGUUCCCCCCAUAGCUUUACAAACACUUGCCUCUCUCUUUUCCUUCGGAAGGAUUUGUAGUUUUGAUACAAUGCUCCUAUGUUGUCUGAUUU